GGAAGUGCCUCUCUUCCUCAGUUCAGUUUGAGUAAAAUUCAUUGCAGUGCACAUCCGCCCGUGUAAGUGCAGAGAUGAUUGCUGAAGGACAAAGCUGAGAAUGUUUGACCAUCAAUUGAAUGAUCAUAAAAUAAACAUGUAAGCAUGUUUUCUAGUGUCUCUUAGAGCCUGUUAACUGAGUGUUGGCGUGAGAGGAAACUGUUUCUAAACAUCGGUCUCAAAAUGGACGCCCUGCUCAUCACAGAGGAUAAAGACUGAAGAUAAACUUUUCCAUCUCUAUCUUAUGGAGAAGAGGAUGGAGAAUAUUGAGGACUAUGAAGACUCUGAACCUUACCUGGAGGCCAAGCAGUACAUGGACAGGUUAAACCAGAAAAAUGAAGAACUCUUGAAGAAAGACACCAGUCAGAGCGAUAAUGAUCCAACAGAUCUGGCAGAACAUGCGUUGUCUUUGACUGUGUUCCCCGUCACUGUGCCCUGUGCUUCAUUGUCUUAUGCUACUGUGCAGUGGGACAUCCCAGAGACUCCAGCAGAACCUCGGUCUUCACAAUGUCACACUGGGAAUAAAGUGGACUUCAGUGUUGGAUCCGAGUUCGACUGGACCUUUUCUCUAUCCUCCACAGAACUCAGUUAUAUUCCAAAUCAGGAAGGCAUUGUUGAUUUCUUAGUUGAAACUGAACAACAACCAGCCGUCACUUUACCAAAUGAAAUGGUCUCUUCCCAGGAAUUCUAUACUAAAACACACAUGGGAUCUUCAAUUGAAGAUUGCAGUGCAGGUUUGACUUCAAAUGAGAAGAAACCAAAUAUCUUAGUUCCUCCCAAACAGACUUCCCAAAGCUCAUAUCCAGGUGUAGAGGGACCAGAGAUUGAGAAACAAACAGAGGAAUGGACUGAAAAAAGCAUUGCUGAAACCAAUGGCAAAUCAUUGAACGCAGGGAGCCUUCAGGAGAAAAUAACUUUCUUGGUUCAGAUUAAAGGAACUGGUCAACCUCUGGAACAAAAAGAGACAGAUCUCCACUCUGAACGCCACACAUCUAAUCUAGAGCCUAAAAUGAAUACAGAACCCGAAAAAACACCUGUUACAGUGAUAGAAAUGAAGCUGAACGAGACUUUGAAACAUUCAGAGGAGUCAGGAGACCUCUCUGAUCAGUUAAAUCAAAAAGACCAGCCAGCAAACCCUGUUGAACCUGUAAGUUCAGAAGAGAAAAAAAAUUCAGAUGAAAUGAAAAAAACAGAAACAAGGCCAACACAACCAGAAAAACCUUCUGAACCACUAGAGGGUGAAAUGGCAAGGCGACCAUCUGAAAUACAACCAUUAAAACAGACACAACAUUUCAUGAGUUCGUACGAGAAACAAUUCUCGGAACAGUUCAUGUGUCUGAACGAGAAACAAUCAUCAGCACAGCUCAUGUGUCUGAAUGAGAAAGAAUCCUCAGAACAGUUCUUGAGUCUGGACGAGAAACAGUCCUCAGAACAGUUCAUGAGUCCGGACGAGAAACGAUCCUCAGAACAGUUCAUGAGUCUGGAAAAGAAACAGACCUCAGAACAGUUCAUGAGUCUGGACGAGAAACAAUCCUUAGAACAGUUCAUGAGUCUGGAUGAGAAAGAAUCCUCUGAACAGUUCAUGUGUCCGGAUGAGAAACAGUCCUCAGAACAUUCCAUGAGUCCGGAGGAGAAACGAUCCUCAGAACAGUUCAUGAGUCUCGAGGAGACACAGUCCUCAGAACAGUCCAUGAGUCCGGACGCGAAACAGUCCUCUGAACAGUUCAUGAGUCCGGAGGAGAAACGAUCCUCAGAACAGUUCAUUAGUCCGGAUGAUAAAAAGUCCUCAGAACAGUUCAUGAGUCUGGAGGAGACACAGUCCUCAGAACAGUCCAUGAGUCCGGACGAGAAACAGUCCUCUGAACAGUUCAUGAGUCCGGACGAGAAACAGUCCUCUGAACAGUUCAUGAGUCCGGACGAGAAACAGUCCUCUGAACAGUUCAUGAGUCCGGAUGAGAAACAGUCCUCUGAACAGUUCAUGAGUCCGGAUGAGAAAAAGUCCUCAGAACAGUUCAUGAGUCCGGAGGAGAAACAGUCCUCUGAACAGUUCAUGAGUCCGGAUGAGAAAAAGUCCUCCGAACAGUUCAUGAGUCCAGAGGAGAAACAAUCCUCAGAGCAGAUCAUGAGUCCGGACGAGAAAUGGACCUCUGAACAGUUCAUGAGUCCAGCAGAGAAACAAUCCUCAGAACAGUUCAUGAGUCCAGCAGAGAAACAAUCCUCAGAACAGAUCAUGAGUCCGGAUGAGAAAAAGUCCUCCGAACAGUUCAUGAGUCCAGAGGAGAAACAAUCCUCAGAACAGAUCAUGAGUCCGGACGAGAAACAGUCCUCUGAACAGUUCAUGAGUCCGGAUGAGAAAAAGUCCUCAGAACAGUUCAUGAGUCCGGAGGAGAAACAGUCCUCAGAACAGAUCAUGAGUCCAGACGAGAAACAGUCCUCUGAACAGUUCAUGAGUCCGGACGAGAAACAAUCCUCAGAACAGAUCAUGAGUCUGGACGAGAAACAGUCCUCAGAACAGUUCAUGAGUCCGGAGGAGAAAGAAUGUUUAGAUAAAGAGAAGCGCGAGCCAUUACAGAUAAAAUCAUUAGACCCGACAGAAGAACCACAGUGUUCAGGUAAAACAGGAUAUUUGGAUGACCAGAAACAACAUAGUGUGGUAACAGAUGAGGAGGUAAAUCAUGUCCCGAAUGAUGUUAUGAGGGAGGGGUGUGUACAGGAGACUGUCCUGGACACUGUCUGUCACCAUACAGAAGGUAGUGUUAAGGUGCUGGAUCGGGCCGAGGCUCAACGAUUGGCUGAGAGGCUCUACAGGUUGGAUGGUUUUAAGCGUACAGAUGUGGUCAGACAUCUGGACAAAGACAAUGACUUCAGUCAUGCUGUUGGGGAAGAGUACCUGAAAUAUUUUGACUUCACCAAUCAAAGUCUGGAGCAAGCUCUGCGGUCAUUUCUGAAGGUGGUGGUUUUGAUCGGUGAAACUCAGGAGCGAGAACGAGUCUUGCAGCAUUUUUCCUGCCGCUUCCAGCAGUGCAAUCCUGACACCUUCUCCUCAUCUGGAGCCGUUCUUACGCUCACGUGUGCCGUAAUGCUGCUCAACACAGACCUGCAUGGACAAAAUGUUGGCAAGCCCAUGACCCUGGCUGAAUUUAUAUCCAACCUGGAAGGAAUGAACAGUGGAGAGAAUUUCAGAAAGGAGAGUUUGAAGAGUCUGUACAACUCCAUCAAAAGUGAUCCGCUGCGGUGGGCCAUAGAGGAUGAUGUUCUGGCCAAGUCCAUGACGCUUGAGCAAGAUUUAGAUCAGGAUGGAUCUCUGCGUUCAAAGAGUAACCCGUUCCAAGAUCUUCCUCACAACAAGAGAGCCACUGUGUUCCAGAAAGGCUUUUUGAAACGCAAAGCACAGGCGGACGUCGAUGGAAAACGCACUCCCUGGGGGAAGAGAAGCUGGAAGACGUUUUAUGCCGUGCUGAAAGGAAUGGUGCUGUACCUCCAGAAGGAUGAGUAUCAGAUGGACUGGCAGAGCUCCGAGGAGGUGGUCAGUGUUCAUCACGCCCUAGCCGAGCGAGCAAUGAAUUACACCAAAAAACCUCAUGUGUUUCGUCUUCAGACGGCCGACUGGAGGGUUUUUCUCUUCGAGGCGACUUCCACAGAGCAGAUGAACUCCUGGAUCGGGCGGAUUAAUCUGGUGUCUGCCCUUUAUUCCUCUCCACCGUUUCCGGCUGCUGUGGGCUCUCAGAAGAAGUUCUGUCGGCCCAUCCUGCCAGCCUCACAGUCCAACCUCACGCUGGACGAGCAGCUAGAGUCACACACGGCCAUGUUAGAGAACUUCCAGCGGGACCUGAGUGACAUCCAGCAGGAGGUGCCAGACGGACGAAAGAAUAAAGCCAGAGAAUCAGAGGAGCUCAGACAGAGAGAAGAGUAUUUACAGUAUGAGAUGUCUCGUUAUGAAGUCUACGUGAAAAUACUGGAGGCCUGGCAGAGCCUAGAAAAGUCUCAGUCGACGGUUGAAGACAAACUGAACAUGUUUGAUGAAGGAUUGUGGAGAGGAGAGAUGAAUGGAGAGGAGGAGGAGACCGAGGGGUUGAUGAAGAGAUCUGUGUCCAGCCCGUCUCUGGAGUUAGAAGCUCCUGCUCAGCCUGUAGUGAAGGUUAGGAGAAACAUCUCAGAGAGACGCACCUAUCGAAAGAUCGUCAUUCCACGUCGUAACAAAGAGAUUUGAGGGAAAGAAAUAACAAAGAAAACUGUUAUAUUGUGACUGAAGCACAUUUUAUAUGUAUGUUCAAGGCAAGUUAUAAAAUAAUGACCAUUCUAUACUUAAUGUUUAUGUUUUUGCACAAACCUCUUCAUUUUCAUAGUUCAUAAUGACCACAGGCAGGUUUGUCGUCUCUCUUUAUAAAUUAAUGGGGGUUUAGUUUUCGGUUCAUCAACAGAAUCCUGCCAACUGAGACAGUAUUAUUAUCAUUAUUAUUACUAUUGCUGGGGUUAAGGGAAGGGUUUUGGACUGUGAAUGCACACAAAUAAUCCAAAUUCUAUCUGUUACACUCCUAUUAUACUUAUUUAGAAAUGUUCUAUUUUGCUGAUAAAGAGACAUUACUGAAUGGCUCUUGUGUGAAUGUCUCAUGUAAGCAGCCCCUUCUGAAGCCAUUAACAUGUAGUUUGAUGGAUUGGGCCCUCAGGCUCGGCUGGUCCUCAGGAAGGGUCUGCUUGAUAAAGAUAUCAGAUAAAUGCUGUUGAUAUGUAAACAGAUUGAGAGGAAACAAUCAAAGUUUCAGUGAGUCAGAAAAUGACUGAAAGCCAAGCCACCAAACCCCCCCCCCCCCCCCGUGAAACAGCAGUUUAAGUAGAAAUGGUCUCCAGUUUUCAACAUAUUAAUGUUAUUCUUGAACAAUGGUAAAGUCAUUAACCAUCUUAUAACAUAAAACUUCACAGCAUCUGUUCAUGGACAUAUAGAUUAUUAUUGAGACUGAGACGGUCUACAAGCUGCUAUACAAUUUUGGCUUUUAAAACUUUUCAUUGAUGUCACCUGCAGGCUAGUAUGAUGUAAUGAAUGUAAUUUGGGAUUUAUGUUUCUGCAACACAUUUUGAGGGGGUUUCCUGUACGGCGCCAAAGCCUAGCUGAAAUGUAAGAGGUGUCUUUAUCGAAAACAACUUGCACUGACAUAUCUGAAAAUAUGAAUGAACGAGGCAUUUAUAGCGCUUUGUUAUGUAUUGCAUGUGUUUUUGUAAAGUAUGUUUUUGAAAAUACCUUAAAUAGUCUAAUUUAACUAAGGCCUAGCCCUGUCUUAAUCUAAUCCCCUUUAUCCAGAAAAGUCUGUUGGAGAAAGAAGCUUCUGGCUAAAAUAACUUGAGACCUUUGAAUAAGUUUGAAGCGUUUGCAUGACGGUUGCAUGUUUGAGUUCUGCUGUCUGUGCAGCGUCGGGUGAGGUCAUGACCAAACCACAGAUCAGCAUCUGUGGAGCGUGACGUCUGUGGAGCGAGCUUUAGUCACCCUGUUUUUCAAGUGUUUGUUUCUGCACGUCCGCCCGGCUGAAGAGUUUUGUGGCUGGUUGAGUAAUUAAAAAGGCAAGCAGAAGAUUUCUUCAUAGCAGUUCUUUAACAUUCCUGUGACACCAUCACUUCUGUUUCUUAGUUCCUCUGAAUUCCUCUUCGCUGUUCCUGUCAUUUUAUAUUUAUACAUAAAUUAUAUACCAAGUGCAUUAAAAUCCUUUAAUGUGCGACUAGCUGUGGAUUAUCCCGCUUAUACCAUGGUCAUUUGCCAAGUUCAAAAUGAGUUAAAGCUUUGAUUGAUGUUUACAGUGUCAUUUUUUAUCAUACAGGUGAAAAUGAUUUUCAAUUCAUUCUAAAUGUUGAUCAAACAGACUGGAACUACCUGUGCAUGAAGCGGUUUAAAUGCACACCUUCCAGGCAAUCAGAAUUGAGUAUUCAAACAGACCAUGGUGUAUAUAUAUAUAUAUAGAGAGAGAGAGAGAGAGAGAGAGAGAGAGAUAAUUAUAUAUUAUUAUUAUUGAAUUAUAUAUAUUUCUGCUUUUAAAAUCAUAUCUCUGUCAUCUGGUGUUGUUGUCUUUUUUCUUAUUGGUCUGAGUUUUUAUCCAAGGUGAGAAACAAAAGUUAAUUUAAAUGCGGUUUUGCUGCUGGUCUUUACCUUUUCGGCUUGAUUUAAAUGAAGAAUGCAGUAGUUCACAUCAGCGUUAAGUGGAUUAAAUGUUCCUCAGGCUCUUUCUUGUAUAUCUUGGUCAAAUGUUCUCCUUAAUGGUGGCGUCACUAGAAUGUUCUGUCAGUGUUUGUUGAGCUGGUUUGUGUCUCUGAGUGUCCGUCUCAUUCUGUGACCUGAGUUUGCUCUCUGCAUUGGUUUCAGUCACACUUAACAUUGCCUGAAGAGAAAUUCAACAUCAUGCUGCAUUCUUGACUCUGGCAAAGUAAAACAAUCGUAAGAUUUUAAACUCAUUUCAUUCCCAAACUACAAUUUAAUGUUUGAAUGAGUGUUUACCAAUGUGGGACUAUUCAGUGCUCCCUAAUCCUACAGUUUUGUACCAACAUUUAUUUAUGGUUUCUAACAUCUCCAGUAAAUAUUCUUAUUUUUGAGCAAUGAAACCAUUUUCUGUGCAAAUCACUGUAUGUAUCAUAACAUUAUAUUGAUACCCACACUGGUCAAGUUUUUCAUGGAAAAUAAAAAACAGAUUAAAUUAAUUAGGAAAUUAUUUUAUGUGUUUUGCUAUUUAUAUCAAUUGAGAAAACACAGAGCAAAAAACAUGAAUGUUUGAUACAUUAUUAAACCCUAUCUCACAUGUUGCUCUUUGAGCUGUGUUAUUAAUGUUUGUAAGAGUUUAAAUGGAGGAGUUUGAAGACAACAUACAAAUGCAGAGUCAAAAGUUUAGACUACAUCACCUGAGGGGCUUUAUUUGAUUCCUCACACAAUCUGUGUUUGGCUUUGUGCAUUGUGCUUUUGUAAAUGACACAUCAUGCCUCUGAGGAACAUUUAAACAUCUCAGACCUUUGAAAACUAUGAGUUUGAGAAUUGAACAGUUUAUCACAUAUGAAUCUCUGUUUGCGGAUGUUAUGUUUUAUUGAGCAGCUGAAAUCAUCCAUGAAUGUGGCUACUUGCUUUUUUCGGUCAAUCUGGGUAAAGGACUUUUGUCAAAGCUACAAAGACCCCAACAGACUGAAGAAGACCCAAGACUCAUGAUUUCAGCCGACACCAGCUCUUCAUCUAUUUUGGCAGACAAAUAUCAUCUACACAACAAUUCUAAUGGGACACUGAGUUUAUUGUUGACCACAUGCAGAAAAGUAUAUAAAUGUUUGGUCUGUCUCUCUAACGCACACAAACAGCCAACUAUUGUUUUGGAUGAAGUUUUAAUAAGGGCCCCCGUCUGCCUCGUUUUUGGCUCCGGUGAUGACAGUCACACAUGCCCACACACUCCUGGCCCUGACUCAUUCUGUGCCCUCUGUGCCAGCCCCAUUCUGAGAUGCUUUGUCCUCUCUCAGCUGUUCCGGCCCGGUGCCCGUAUUGUGCCGCAGAACUCAUUACUGGCCAACCGACAGGCUGAGCGUCAUGCUAAUAGGGCUACAGUCGCCCUGGGCGAGAAAGAGAGAGAGGGGUGACGGUGUGAAUGAGGCAGAACGGGGCUGUUAAAAGAGACGGGGAGAAAGUAUUAUCGUUGUCUAUAUGGCCACACGUUCUUGUUUCCCGCUCUCUUCGGAUUUCAGCAGAGCAUCGCUCUCGAUACGAUAGUUAAGUGCUGGGCAGAGGCCGCUUGGAAUUGCUGACUGGUGACAUGAAAUAAUUUUUUGUCAUUUCUGCCUCAACUAAACCACACACACACAUGUUGGGUUUGUAUGUUUACUAUAGUCAUAAUGAUUUUUAUACUGUACACAUUGUAUACCAUGUAACCCUCACCUUCCUCUUUACCCAUACCAUCACACAAAUCUGCAUCUUUACAUUUUCAAUGAAGCAUCAUUUAUUUUGAUAAAUAAGCAGUGUGAAUCGUGGGGAUUGCUUGCAUGCUCCACAAUGGAGUGUAGUUUGCAUGUUUUCAUUGAUAUGUCUCAUACGGGUGUGUUUGGUGCAGUGGACUUACGGAACAGUUUGACAUGACACACAAACACAGGUAAAGAGGAUCUUCUCCACUUUUCAAAGACUGGGACAAUUCAGAUAAUUCAUGUUUCAUGAAAUGCAAAUGCUUACUCAAAUUCCCUUUGCAAACAUUGUUGAAAUUAUUGUUAAGCAUGUUUGCAUAUGUUUAGUUAAUUUUAUUAAGAAUAUGUCAUCAGCCGAAGGUUGUCAAUAGCUCAUGGGUAAAGAUAGAUAUUUGGGUUUAUUCACUGUGUAAAAGUGGUAUCAUCAAAAAGUCAUGUCAUCAAAGUUCUUUUACUUUACAACUCAUCAAAAUAAAUUAAGCCAUUUCA